GCGCUCGCCAAUGUGGAGCCGUCUGCUGGGCGUCCGCAGCCCGCAGUUUAUUGGAGCCGUGAGGGAUACAGAAGUUUGAUCUAUAUUGUCUUAACAUGCUUCAAAUAAACCAGAUGUUCUCAGUGCAGCUGAGUCUUGGUGAGCAGACAUGGGAAUCCGAAGGGAGCAGUAUAAAGAAGGCCCAGCAGGCUGUUGCUAAUAAAGCUUUGACGGAAUCCACGCUUCCCAAACCAGUUCAGAAACCACCCAAAAGUAAUGUCAAUAAUAACCCAGCUAGUAUAACUCCAACUGUGGAACUGAAUGGGCUUGCAAUGAAAAGGGGAGAGCCUGCCAUCUACAGGCCAUUAGAUCCAAAGCCAUUUCCAAAUUAUAGAGCUAAUUACAACUUCCGGGGCAUGUACAAUCAGAGGUAUCAUUGCCCAAUGCCCAAGAUUUUUUAUGUUCAGUUGACUGUAGGAAAUAAUGAGUUCUUUGGUGAAGGGAAGACUCGCCAAGCUGCCCGAUACAAUGCUGCCAUGAAAGCCCUUCAAGCGCUGCAGAAUGAACUUAUUCCAGAAAAGUCUCCCCAGAAUGGUGAAUCAGGAAAAGAGAUGGAUGAUGACAAAGAUGCCAAUAAGUCUGAAAUAAGCCUAGUGUUUGAAAUCGCUCUGAAGAGAAAUAUGCCUGUCAGUUUUGAGGUUAUUAAAGAAAGCGGACCACCACAUAUGAAGAGUUUUGUUACCCGGGUGUCAGUGGGAGAAUUUUCUGCAGAAGGAGAGGGAAAUAGUAAAAAACUGUCUAAGAAGCGUGCAGCAACCAUUGUCUUACAGGAGCUUAAAAAACUCCCACCUCUUCCUGUGGUAGAGAAGCCAAAACUAUUUUUUAAAAAACGUCCUAAAACAAUAAUAAAGGCUGGACCUGAGUAUGGUCAAGGGAUGAACCCCAUCAGCCGCCUGGCCCAAAUCCAGCAGGCCAGAAAGGAGAAGGAGCCUGACUACGUUUUACUUUCAGAGCGAGGACUGCCCCGACGUCGAGAGUUUGUGAUGCAGGUCAAGGUGGGCAAUGAAGUUGCUACUGGAACAGGACCUAAUAAAAAGAUAGCCAAAAAAAAUGCUGCGGAAGCAAUGCUGUUACAGCUUGGCUAUAAAGCAUCCACUAGCCUUCAGGAUCAGCUCGACAAGCAGUUAAUGCCAUCAUUAGCACCCGCCUGUGUUGAAGAGAGGCCUGAAUUCAGGACAUGGCAGAGAAGGUGGAGAGUAGGGAAUAUUCAUUUUUACUACUGUUUUGUUAUCUACACUUAUGUAGGAAUUAUUUCCAUUAAGCAUUUUGUUUAUGCAAAAAUUUACAGCAAAGCAGGUUUACUGUUACCUUUCUGAAAGUGAUUUCCCUUUGAGCAGGCCCUUUCACAGGACUCUGUUUUGGCGAGGGUCUGUCUUAGUUUCUGUGGGGACACUCCUUAAGCUUAGAGGGAGAAACAAGACAUCUUCCAAUGAACGUUCAGCUGUGCUUUUCUUAAAGCCACUGUGAUUCAUUUCAAAGAUUAAAAAAUUCAUUUGUUUAUGUGAUAGAGCUUUCAAUUCUGU